AUGCCCUUCUUCUCCAGCCGCUCUCGUAGCAACAACAACACCAACACCCCUAUCACCUCGGACAAGGCCCACGCUCCCAGAUCAAAGACAAAAGCAAUGGCUGCUCCAGAGGACAAGACCCUCGCCAACCUCUCUGGCAAGUGGAUCCAGAACAAGAACCUCUCGGACCCCGCCGAGCCCGUGCUCGUGAUCCAGGGCUUCUCGUGGGCGACACGCACCGUCGUCGCCGUCGCGACCGUCUCGAUCGAGGUCGAGCAGUUCACCGGCCCGCCCGACCAGCAGAGCUACGCCGACCCCGACUCGCCCAAGGUCGAGGGCCCGGACUGCGUGCACAUCAACCUCGUGCAGGCGCUCACUGGCGGGCUGGGCGCGCAGCCCGAGAACCGCUGCCUCGACGGCGUGACGCGCUCGCACGACCACCCCAUGUUCGGCGUCGGCGAGAACACGGCCAAGUGGGCCACGCGCGAGGAGCUCGAGAAGCUCGACGUCGACGAGUACCUCCUCGAGGACUGGGAGGAAGGCGACGAGGAGCAGGUCGGCCCCAACAAGGAGCCCCUGAUUUACAACACGUCGUCGAGCACCAACAACGGCUGGGUCGCCACCCAGGUCUGGGGCUUUGCGUACGUCGAGGGCGAGAGGCAUUACGUCCGCCGCGUCGUCGUCACCAAGGGCGACGAGCGCGCCGCCAUCACCCAGGUCUGGGACUGGGCCGGCGAGAUCAAGAAGUAG